AUGGCGGCUCCUACGCAGCUAGCUUACCGCACUCUCAAGGGGAUUGGCAUUAUGGAUGCCGCCCCUACUUAUGAGCCUUUGUCGGGCUUUGAAAGACCUGAGGGGAACCUCCGCUGCGGUGCAUACUCGCCGUGUGGCCGUUAUUACGCAUGGGCGUCUCCCGAAAGGGUCACCAUUGUUGACGCUCGUGCCGGCAACGUUGUCUCCACGAUCAACGCCGAGAACGUGUUCGAGUUGGGCUUCUCGCCCCUCGGUACCUACCUGAUCACUUGGCAACGGCCAACCAAGGACGCCAACGGAGAUGCUACCAAGAAUCUCAAGGUGUGGCGCGCGGUUGAGAGCGGUGAUGAAAACACCAUCGUUGGCCAGUAUGUCCAGAAGUCGCAGACAGGCUGGAACCUGCAAUACACCCCCGACGAGAAGCUAUGUGCCCGCGUCGUGACCAACGAGGUCCAGUUCUACCAGAGUGAUAACUUGUCGACCGUUUGGAAUAAGCUGCGCGUGGAGGGGGUGGCGGAUUUUGCGCUCUCCCCAGGACAGACCCAUUCGAUUGCGGUGUUUAUUCCUGAGCGUAAGGGCCAGCCCGCUCAAGUCAAGGUGUACAUUGUGCCGCAAUUCAAUGCGCCGGUCUCGCAGAAGAGCUUCUUCAAGGGUGACAAGGUUCAGCUAAAGUGGAAUGCAUCCGGCACAACUGUUAUCGUGCUGGCGCAGACCGAGGUGGACCGCACCGGUAAGAGCUACUACGGCGAGACCACCUUGUACUUGCUCAGUGCCAAUGGUGCUUUUGACUCUCGAAUUGAUCUUGACAAGGAAGGACCCAUUCAUGAUGUGAGCUGGAACCCCAACUCCAAGGAGUUCGGUGUCGUCUAUGGCUACAUGCCCGCGAAGACCACCAUCUUCAACAUGCGCGGUGUUCCCAAGCACCAUUUCCCCUUGAGCCCGCGUAAUACCAUCUUGUUCUCUCCCCACGGCCGAUUUGUUCUGGUUGCCGGCUUCGGUAACCUCGCGGGUCAGAUGGAUCUCUACGACUUGGACAAGAACUAUCACAAGAUUACUACCGUCGAGGCUUCUAACGCCAGUGUGUGUUCCUGGUCACCGGACGGACAAUUCAUCCUGACUGCCACCACCAGCCCCCGUCUGCGUGUUGACAAUGGUGUCCGUUUGUGGCACGUCAGCGGUGGCCUCAUGUACAACGAGGAAAUGACUGAGCUGUAUGACAUCGACUGGCGUCCCCAGGACUCUGCCCAGAUCCCGCUGGGUGACCCUUUCACAAAGCUGCCUGUGCCUCACCCAUCUGCUACGGCCUACCUGGCCACUCGCAAGGCUCCCGUGAAACCCGCUGGUGCUUACCGUCCCCCGGGUGCCCGUGGCCAGCUGACCCCUCUCGCCUUCAAGCGUGAGGACCAAGGUGGUGCCGCUUUUGUUCGGGAUGGUGUUCCCGGCGCUAGCAUGAACGGCUUCGGCAAGCCUCGCCGCCGUGAGGUCCCCGGUGCCGAUGCUACUGAGGAGUACCUGCCCCCCGGUGCCGCCCCUGGUGGUGGUGUUCCCCUCCCGCCCGGUGGAGACGAGAAGCUGUCCAAGUCCGCCGCCAAGAACAAGAAGAAGCGUGAGGCCGCCAAGAAGGCCCGUGAAGACGGUGUCCCCGACAACCAGCCUCCCCCCAACGCCCCCACUGGCCCCAGCCCAGACCGCAACCGCAACCGCAAGAACAACGGCCCCUCUGCCAAUGGUAACGGUACUGUUAAGCAGGCUGCUGCUCCUGCUGCUGCUCCAGCCCCCGCUCCAGAGCCCGAGGAUGUCAACCCCUCCGCUCAGGACAAGAAGGUCCGCGGUCUUCUGAAGAAGAUUCGCGCUAUCGAUGAGUUGAAGAUGCGUCUUGCCGGUGGCGAGAAGCUAGAGGACACUCAGAUGAAGAAGAUCCAGACCGAGGAUGUGGUCCGCAAGGAGCUGGCCGCUGUUGGAUACGAUGGAUAA